AUGUCUCGUGAAUAUACAAAGGAUCAAGAGAUCAUUGUGGAAAAAAUUCUUAAACAUAAAGGUCAUGAAUAUUAUAAAAUUUUAGAAAUUGAAAAAACAGCCACUGAUAAUGAAAUCAAGAAAGCUUAUAGAAAAAUAUCAUUAAAAGUGCACCCAGACAAAAACUCACAUCCUAAGGCUGCUGAUUGCUUCAAAAUUGUAAAUAAAGCUUUUGAAGUACUAGGUGAUUCACAGAAGAGAACUAUAUACGACCAGACGGGAUCGGACCCUGAUCAAAGAGGAGGGUUUCCUUCAGGUGCUUCAACUAGUGGAUUUAGUUCAGCUGGUGGAUCUCCAUUCGGUCCUGGUGGUCCAUUUGGAGGAGGUGUUUUCAAUGGAGGAAGUCCAUUCGGUGGAGCCGGCGCUCAAGGAUUUCAAUUUGAUAAUGAUUUAUUCGAUAUACUUUUUGGUAAUGCUCAAGGAACAACUUUUUCAUUUGGUGGUGGUCCAGCUCAAACUUUUACAUUUUCAUCAAAUGGUUCUCCAUUCAUGAAUGGUGGUGGAUUCCCAAGACAACGUCGUAGAGCAGGUGGUCCAGGCUUUAAUCAACAACAAACAGCUAAUACACAAGCUGGUCCUCAAGCACCUGAAGAUUUAUUUGGUACUUUAAAACAAUUACUUCCAUUAUUUGCUGUUCUUAUAAUACCGUUGAUUUCAAAUUUUUUUUCAGAUAGUUCCACAAAUAUUCAAUUUCAAUUAGAGAAAUCCGGUUUAUUCUCCCAACAGAGAAUAUCUGAUAGAUUUAAUGUUCCAUAUUAUGUCACCCCUAAACAAUCCAAGAUGUUGAAAGAUAACGAAAAAGUUUCAAAGAAGUUAGAUAAAGAAGCUGAAUCCUAUUAUGUUGGAAUAUUAAAGACAAAAUGUAAUAGAGAACAAUCAUUUAAAGAAGAUAGAAUUAAUGAUGCUUAUGGUUGGUUUUUCCAUGAUGAAGAGAAAUUGGCACAAGCAGAAGCUUUAAGACUACCGGCUUGUGAAAAGCUUUCGACUUUUGGAUUACUAUAA